GAAGACACGAUGGAGGUGGAAGAAUUCUUGAAGGAGGCCUCCGUCAUGAAAGAAGUCAAGCACCCAAAUUUGGUCCAAUUACUGGGGGUCUGCACGAGGGAGCCCCCCUUCUACAUCAUCACGGAGUUCAUGACCUACGGGAAUCUGCUGGAUUUCUUGAGGGAUUGCAACCGGCAAGAGGUGAACGCGGUGGUCCUCCUCUACAUGGCCACCCAGAUUUCCUCCGCCAUGGAGUAUCUGGAGAGGAAGAAUUUCAUCCACAGGUAG